AUGCACAAGAUUUCCAACUUCACGGGCCAGGCCCGUCAUGGCUGGGAACGAAUGACGCCGACCUUCGGUAUGUCUAGGCCUCACACCGAUAUGGCCUCGCACUCCCUCCGUCGACCACACGGUGCUCCGCCUAUGACACCUCCCACCGGUAUCGAUCCGACCGUCAAUCUUUCGAUCAACGUUCCGUUUUCCUCCACGCUGGCCGGUCCCGACGCCGACGACGUCCUGCAUGCGAGUCCCGGCGCCCUUCAACGCUGGUCCUUUCCCGAAGGCACCCCCGAAGGCACCCCCGUGCAUAACCUGCCGGUCCACACCAGCAACGUCGAUGCCCUGCGGAGACUAUGUCAGAAGAUUACGGAGAGCAGUAACGGACGGAUCGAGGCAACCGUUGCCUCCUCGGAGCCCAAGACCGUGCCCUCGCUACAACGGCGCCCGCAGGGGUUGGUCACCAAUGUCUGUAUCACCGGCGAUGGCGAGACGGUGCGCAAGAUGCGAGCGAGGAUCUUGAAUGAGACCCCUAUCCUACUGCGAUGUGCGACCGUCGAUGUGGAUAUGCAUCUCAUCACCGACAAUACUACCAAGGGAAUCCGAACGACUGUGUUGGAGCACCUGGACACCUUGGCUGCCUAUACCGGCACGGAUAUCUUUCUCCUCAGCCCCAAACUUCGCGAUACCGACAGUGCGGUGGUGUCUUCCUACGGCUACGCUUCGGACAACGGGCUGGAUCAUCGCUUUCGGGUCUCGAUCUACGGUGACAUGGAAAGUGCCGAACAUGCCAAGACCAGGGUUUUGAUCAUGAUAGAUCAGAUCCUCAAACGUCACGUGGAUGCCAUUAAAUUGGACCUGACCAUGCACACUCUGGUCUGUGGCCGCACCCGCAAGAACAUUAAGCUCAUCGAGGCUGCGACCGGCACGGCCAUUUAUUUCCCGCCGCCGUUCCCCCAAAUAUUCGGCUACACUCCUCCAGGCGCUCACCGUCGCAGCGAUGAAGAAGUUUACAUCACCGGCGAUACCAAGGAGCAGAUCGCUCGUGCCAAGCAGAAGUUGCGGGAAUUGGUAAUGGGAGUUAAGAUCUACGUGAAGGAUGCCGUGGUCAAUUGCAAUAAAAUCGACAACAUCCUACUGGACCGGCUGGACAAGGUGCGGAAGGUCAUGGAAAUGAACGGUUCCUACGUUCUGUUCCCCCAGCUAGGAAGCCAACGGGGCGUUGUCCGCGUUCAGGGCACCGAAGUCUUGCACGUGGAGCGCACUGUCCGGGAGAUCAUGGCUCUGGCUGGUCAAUUCUACAGCGCAUCCUGGUGGAUCAUCAUCCCCGAUCCCUCCCAAGCGGCCCGCACCCCGUCUACGUCUGACAUUCGCACCAUGCUCUCCGAUAUUUGCACCAACUCUGCCGCCGAGGUCAGCUUCGACAACCUGGCUUUCACCAUUAACGGCUCCGACGAUGCCGUCAAAGCCGCUAUGAUGGUCAUCAACCAGAUUCCUUUCAUUCAGCGCAGUCAAUACCAAAUGCGGGUCAAGAUUGAACUGGCCAACGAGCAUAAGGAAUUCGUCAGUGGCAAGAAGAACGGCAAGAUCAACAAGAUCAUGGGUCAAAGCAACGUGCAGAUCAUCUUUGAUGGAUUCAACGAGUACAACUUCUACAUUGACGUCUGUGGAGGACAAUACGAAUCUACGAAGAACGGGUUAGACCUCGUCGAACAGGAAAUGCCGGCCUCGAUUUCGUUCCACGUUCCCGACCAAUACCACAAGCGCAUCAUCGGGAUUGGCGGUCAGCAUAUCCAGCGUAUCAUGAAGAAAUACUCAGUUUUCGUCAAGUUCUCCAACGCGAUGGAUCGUGGCGGUAUGGGCAAGGAGGACGAUGACAUCAAGGUCGACAAUGUCAUCUGCCGGACGCCCGCGCGGAACGCCCAGAGUCUCGAUCUGGUCAAGCAGGAGAUCAUGGACAUGGUCGAGAAAGUUGAUGCCGAGUACGUUUCUGAGCGCGUUGUGAUCAACCGACUGUACCACCGCGAGUUGCUCUCCCGCAUGACCGAAAUCGACGAACUCGAGAAGAAAUGGAACUGCAAGAUCGAAUUUCCCAGCACCGAGCUUGCCAGCGAUGUCGUGACCAUUUCCGGACCCGAGUACCAGGUUCCGCAGGCCGUUGAUGCCUUGCUUGGAAUGGUCCCGGAAAGUCACGAACUUCUUUUCCAGAGUUCCCCCGAGCUUCGCGACUUUUUCAAGUCGACCGAAUUCCGUGACGAUGUCUGCGCCAAACUGAAGGAUCAGUACGAGGUGGAUACCAACGUUGACUCGAACCCCGAUCUUCCGUCCUCCGACGGUUCGUCGUCUCCCACUUUUGCCCCCGAGGACCGUGUUGUGCUUGGAUAUACUCGAAACAAUGCGGGCGGUCUUAAGGAUGCCAUAGAUUUCUUGAUCUCCCGAUUGGUCGCACACGGGCUCGACGCGACUACCGUCAAAGGAGCAAUCCCUCGUCCCAAAUCCGACUCCUUCGAGGAGUCCCUGCCGUUCUUUGACUCUAAAUUGCUUCAGCAUGCACCUGCCCCUCUUGUCACCGACUCGCCCACUCGCCCGAAUUUCUCCGACGAGACCAGCGAGCGUGGCUCGAUCUUCGAACGGCUUCGAAAGCCUGGAAGCAUCUCGUCCUUUUCUUCCUUCAUCGGACGCAAAAACCAUUCGGCAUCCCCCGGAUCGUUCUUCAAGCACGCCUCUAGCAACGCCUCGAAGGCGUCUUUGGUGUCUAUGGAGUCUCGCGACAGUGGCUACCGCAACCCGUGGAAUGACUCCGGAGUGAAUCUCCCGGAGGACGAUCUGCCUGUUUUGGGGAGUUCCCACAGCCACAGCAGCAGCAAUGGCUGGCCAGCGCGCUUUGACGCUAAAUUUCCAUUCGGUACCGUACCGGGGGACAUGACCCCCAAGCAUGACCCCCGUGCGUCUUUUGAUAGUGGUCGUCCUAGUACUUCCAAUUCUACUUCUGGAUACCCGGCCCCCAUCGGGCCACCGCGUUAA